GACCAGACGACAUGUAUCCUUACAAAGUCGGGCGAGCCUAGGGUGGCACAUAUUUAUCCGUUCUCGAUGCGGUAUAAAGACAGGAGCGUUGAACAAUCUGGACCCUCCUUUUGGCAGGCUUCGGGAGUAUUUUGGUCGAAGGAACGAGUCGAUGCGUGGUACUCUGCAAUUUUCCCACGUGGCACAGAGGUUUGCCAGAACCUGGUCUGCCUUGCUCCACAUGCCUAUGCGUAUUGGGAGCGGGCAUAUUUCGCCCUGAAGCCAAUGCGAAUAUCAGAGGACAAAAAGCGCUUAGACGUACAGCUGUUCUGGCUAUCACGAAACAUCCACACUCAAGCCGUACGAGCUCAGACAGUCCCUUUAUUAGCAGCCUUCGAUCAAGGACCGAACUUGGCAAAACUUUACGACCACCGGACCGACCAGCUAAUCUCUUCCGGGUCCGAGAUAUCUCUCACAACUGACGACCUAGCACUACGGCCGCUGCCUGACAUGGCCCUAUUGGAGAUGCAAUGGUUUUUGUAUCGUGUAGCUGCAAUGAGCGGAGCUGCUGAACCCCAGGAC